AUGGAUCCUCUUCAGCGAAUGGGUGCCGCCAGAGUGAGCGUUAAAACUGUUGAUAAAAAUGCCACCACAUAUAAGUGGAUGUAUGGAGAGCUGAAGGGGAAUGUGACUCUGCAGUAUCUGGCCUGGGUCUCGUAUCCCAUCAUUCUCAUCGUGUUUGCAUCCUUCUUUCUGCCACCUGCUCAGACCAUUCUCAGAGGAGUGGUGUUAAAGGAGUAUCUGACGCUCAAGGCAUUUGUGGCUAAAGUCAUCGGUCUUACGGCUGGGCUGGGCAGUGGUAUGCCCAUCGGGAAGGAGGGUCCUUUUGUGCAUAUUGCCAGCAUAUGUGCAGCAGUGCUGAGCAGGGUCAUGUCCAUCUUCACCGGUGUGUAUGAGAACCCCUAUGGUUACACAGACAUACUGACAGUAGGAUGUGCUGUUGGGGUGGGCUGCUGUUUUGGGACUCCCCUUGGAGGUGUGUUGUUCAGUAUUGAGGUCACGUCGACAUACUUUGCAGUGAGGAAUUACUGGAGAGGAUAUUUUGCUGCCACGUUCAGUGCCUUCAUAUUCCGAGUACUGUCAGUGUGGAACAAAGAUUCUGUUACGAUAACAGCACUGUUUCGUACAAACUUUCGUAUGGACUUCCCCUUUGACCUGCAGGAACUGCCAGCUUUUGCAAUAAUUGGGAUCUCAUGUGGGUUUCUAGGGGCAUUCUUUGUCUAUCUGAACAGACAAGUUGUUUUGAUCAUGAGGAGACCGACGGCUCUUACACGCUUCCUCACAAAACACCGGCUGAUUUACCCUGGUGCUGUGACACUAAUUAUAGCCUCCUUCACAUUUCCUCCGGGCUUCGGCCAGUUCAUGGCUGGAGAGCUGAUGCCAAGAGAGUGCAUUAAUUCACUGUUUGAUAACUUCACAUGGACAAAGAUCUGGGAUUCACCGGCUCCUCCCGGAUUGGGUCGCUCUGCUGCCUGGCUCCACCCACAAGUCAGCGUCUUCGUCAUCCUUCUCCUCUUCUUCGUAAUGAAGUUCUGGAUGUCUGCGGUCUCUACUACAAUGCCAGUCCCUUCUGGAGCUUUCAUGCCGGUUUUUACAUUGGCAGGAGCAGCAUUUGGCCGUUUGGUGGGUGAGAUUAUGGCCACCCUGUUUCCGAAUGGAAUUCUGUUUGAUGGGAUCGUGUACCAAAUCCUGCCUGGAGGCUAUGCAGUGAUAGGGGCAGCAGCUAUGACAGGAGCAGUCACACACACAGUUUCAACAGCAGUCAUCUGUUUUGAACUGACGGGUCAAAUCUCGCACAUCCUACCCAUGAUGGUGGCCGUGAUUCUCGCCAACAUGGUGGCACAGGGUCUACAGCCUUCUCUUUAUGACUCCAUCAUUCAGGUCAAAAAGCUGCCCUAUCUUCCAGAGCUCAGCAUUGGCCACAUCAGUAAAUAUAAUAUCUUUGUGGAGGACAUCAUGGUGAAGAAAAUCAGGUUUCUGUCACCUCAGUCCACUUACAGAGAGCUGAACGAUCUCCUGGAGUCCACGUCUCUCAAAACCAUCCCACUCGUCGACUCCAAAGAGUCAAUGAUUCUGUUGGGCUCCAUUGAGAGAUGUGAACUUCAGGCCGUCUUGGACUGGUGUCUCUCAGCCGAGAGGCGGGUUUAUAACCAAGGUGAGGGCGUUUCCAGCCCGGGGUCACAGGUCAACUGGGAGUCCUUCGCCUUUGUGGAUGAGGAGGUUGGAGAGGAGAAUGGAGACGAGGGUAACAGAGUCUCUGAAGAGUGUAACGGCCCACUGGGAUCCACCAAAACCACAGACAUAUCCACUAAUCACACCACAUCUGGUGCCCUGCAGUCCAUGAGGAGGAAGCUUCAUCGUCUUUUCUCCUCGUCUUCCUCAUCAGGGCAGACUGAACCAGAGAGCCCUGCAGCUCCUCCUGUAGUUGAUAACAUGACUCCUGAAGAGAUCAAAGCCUGGGAAGAGGAAGAGCUGGAAAAGCCGAUUGACAUUGAUCAGAUCCGUGUUGACCCCUCACCUUUUCAGCUGGUGGAGAGAACAUCUUUGCAUAAGACUCACACCCUGUUCUCUCUCCUGGGUCUCAGUCAUGCGUAUGUAACUAGCAUUGGCAAACUGGUCGGGGUGGUCGCACUAAAAGAGCUCCAGAAAGCAAUCGAGGGUUCGACUCGUAGCGGAGUGCGACUUCGUCCUCCUCUGGCCAGUUUCAGAGACGCCAGACGCAAGGCCAAAAAGCCUUCUCAUUCCCCUUCUGUCCCGUCCUCUCCCACAAGGGACAGAGAGCUGUGGAGUGAGGGAGUGAAAAGAGAAAGUCAAGACGAGUCUGCUGAUAGUUGUAUCCAGACAGACGUCAAAGAGUGUGAUAGCAGCAGCAGAAGUACCUCUCAGGAGCAUCUGCCUUCCCCUUCCCCUUCCACAGUCCCUCUCUCCUCUCUUCAUUCUGUGCCCGAAGGAGAAACGGAUGCUGAUAGAGAGAGUGAUGAGGAGCAUUUAUAGGUCUAUUGUUUGUAAUUUUCUUAAAUUCAGCCCUCCAGGGGGAGGCAAACCAUAUUACGGUGGUGCCUUUGAGCCCAGCACGAGCCACUUGCACAAGACUUGUUGGUUGAUUCUCUACUCUCCGGAAACAGGACUCUCUAUACUCUUUCUUUCUAGAUGUGUUUUCACUUGCGUUGUUUUUUUUUUUUUUGUCUAUACAUUUGUACAUACAGACAGUCGGUCUGACACAUCUCACUGAAUGUCUUCUCUCUCUUUGCUACUCGACCCCUGUGUUUGUCUGCUGGACCUGAUAUUAUAUCACUGUAAAAAUGAUUUUGUUUCCUUAACAAGCUAUUUGCAUCUGAUCUGACCCUUGUCUUAGUGUAACCUAAUGUAAUUAAUGCAGGUUAAUUUAGUCACACUUCAUUUUUGUGACAUUUUUGGUUCCCUGAUUAAACUUUUUUUACUGUAUAGAUAUGAAAUUUAAAGCAGUAUUUCAGGUUCAGUAUACAAGUUACAUUUAAUUCGGUGUUAAUGCUAGCUAUAAUAAGUUUGGUAAUUGAAAUAAAGCUGAAAUAAUACAGAAAAAAUAUUAAAAACGUAAAAUAAAUUUAAAGGGAUAUAUGAUGGAUGGAUGGACUUUGUUUUGCUUUAAAAUCUGGUCCACCAUUUACUGCCAUUAUAAAGUUUGGAAAAGCCAGGACAUUUUUUAAUAUAGCUCCGAAUUAUUAAUCUGAAAGAACAAAUUCAUAUACACCUAGGAUGGCUUGAGGGUGAGUAAAUCAUGGGGUAAUUAAUUUUUUUGGGUGAACUAUCCCUUUAAGUCAAAGUUCCAGAACUCGGUAUUUUUUAUUACAUUUUACAAUUAGGUUCCAUUUGUUAACGUAAACUAACAAUGAAAAAUGCCUCUAAAAUAUGAAUUAAUCUUAAUUAAUGUUAAUUGCAACAUUUGCUGAUAUAUUGUUAAAUUCAAAAGUUGUAUCUAUUUAUGUUAUUUCAUGGACCUGAGCUAACGUAGACUAACAAUGAACCUUAUUUUCUUAGUAAAUUAAAACUAAAAUAAAAAAGAAAAAGAAAACUUUUGUUACAAUAUUGAUUAGAACAACAACAAAAAAGUGUCCUUUGUUUUAUUUAAAGAAGCAAAAAUCGAUGUUCAGUGAAACAUGGGCCAGAUUUUAGAUUUAAAGAAGAAAUGUGAAGCUUAUAAUUUUAUAAAAGCACUAACAUUAAUUCUUUACAAAAAAAAAAAAAAAAAGCUUUUAAAAUCAUAAUCGUUAUUUUCUUUUUAGGGUUUGUGUUUGUAGCAUCACCUUGUCAUGGUAACAAAGUUGUGAUUUUAUUCACACUAAAACCAUGUUCACAUUAACAUUUUCUUUAUGCCUUGAGGCUAUAAUGUUGAAACCUUGUGUAUUUUAACAUUAAUGUAUUGGCCCUGUUCACUUCCACUGAAAGUACCUCACUGUAAUCUAGAUUUUUGCUUUUUUAUAUAUAAGCAGUGAAAUGAUUGUGUUGCCACAAGUAAUGUUGAAUGAUCUUGUGCUGAAUCUGGUAAGCUAUAUUCAUUUAAUCACUAGACAUUCAUUACGAAGCUGAUUUGUUUACUUCAUAAUUUAAGAUACAAAGUCAUUACCAUUAAAUCUUUGUUUGAUUAUUUGAACUAUUGAUGAAUAUCUGCUGAAUUCUUAUCUGUUUUAAUGGUCUGAAGAGCAUGCAGACUUUUUGCCACGUCUUAAAA